AUGUCAUCGUAUGAAUCAGGAAACAAUCCAACCUGCCAAAGCAAUGGAUCAUCUCUGGCAUACUCGGUAAUCCCAAACUGUACCGAUAUGACCUUUAUGCAGGGUCCUAUUACAAUAUCCGAAGGAGUGGCUAAUCCUUAUGCCGCUGCCAUGCGGAAUUCCCCCAAAGUUACCUGGGUUGUGGACCCCUUAUCUUCCGUGCCAAUUACAACAAUUGCCUCAAGUUUACUGCCAACGGGGCAAGAAGUACAAGGUUCGCUCCCUCCAUAUACAAUUUCUCCACCGUUGCAAAAUAACUGGGCGUUACCUGUUGAGCCACAGAAAGUUCCGACACAGACAAGGUUAAAUAAUCAAGGUCCACUUCCCCAUUCACCGGUGAUAAUAAGGGAAGAUUUUACCGGUCCGUCAAAUAAACAACUGGCAGCACGUCAAGUAAUACAACGAGAGCUUCCCAAUUUCUCGGGACAUCCGCAGGAUUGGCCCUUAUUUUAUUGGUCUUUCAAGAACAGCUCCGACUCAUGUGGAUUUACACAUGAGGAAAAUUUAGCAAGGCUUCAACGCUGCCUGAAAGGACAGGCCUUGGACGCGGUCAAGAGUAAACUACAAUUCCCAGCAGCAGUACCCGAAAUUAUACAAACUCUAAAAAUGCUUUUUGGGCAACCGGAGAUUUUACUGUACACAAUGCUACAACAGCUUCGCGCUUUACCGCCACCCAAACAUGAAAACUUACAAUCGAUUAUAACAUUUGGCCUGGCGGUGAAAAAUGCGGUAGAUUACUUGACAACUGCUCAAUUGAGAGAACAUUUAUUUGAUUCAUCGUUGCUGAUAGAACUCGUUGAAAAACUCCCAACACAGCUGCUAAUAGAAUGGUCACGUUUCAAGCGACAGAAUACGGUGGUCAACCUAGAAACCUUCAGCACCUUUAUGACUGAACUAGUUGUCGUCACAGCGGACGUGGUUCUACCGAAAAAAGCUGCUCUUAACUCCGAAAAAUCUGGAAAAUCUGUUCGUGAGAAACAAAGAAUUAAUGUACAUGUGGAAGAUCGAGAAUCCGAGGAUGUGCCAGACUCCAGACCAGCAAUAAACAAGCUUUGCGUUUAUUGUUCCAAUCCUAAUCACGAGGUGGCAAACUGCAGUCAAUUUAAAGCUCUCGAUCUGAAUGGGAGGUUUACAGUUGUCAAGCAGAAGGGAAUGUGCAGAAUUUGUCUCAUACCCCACAGAAGAUGGCCUUGUCGUUCUACCAGAGAGUGUGGCAUUGAGGGUUGUAGAGUACGACACCAUAGUUUACUGCACCCAGGAACCCCUAGUAGCCCCAGUAAUCCUAAUGCUCCAGAAACCCAGGUUCAAAGAGAAACUGCAUAUCACAACCAUCAUUCUAUAACUUCGUGUGCUCUCUUCCGAUAUCUGCCGGUUGAGAUACACUAUGGUGAGGAGAAAAUAGAAACAUACGCCUUCCUGGACGAUGGAUCGUCAGCCACCAUGAUUGAAUCUUGGAUUCCCGAUAAACUUGGUGUCACCGGGAAAGUAGAUCCGCUUUGGUUAUCGUGGACUGGAGAUAUAUCUCGCGAAGAAAAGAAGUCGGAGCGAAUUUCCUUGUGGAUUUCCGCCCAGGGAUCAGACAAAAUGUUUAAAAUGGACAACGUGAGGACAGUACCAGAAUUGAAACUUCCAGAACAAUCGUUCGAUUAUCAAACCGUACAGAAAUCGUAUUCUCAUCUCAAAAGACUUCCUUUGCGCAGCUAUUCCAGUGCUUCUCCUGGGAUUAUUGUUGGAAUUGAUCAAGUUCGACUGUUGGCAUCCUUGGCCACCAGAGAAGGUCGUAACAACGAGUUAGUCGCUGUAAAAACUCGUUUGGGCUGGAGCGUUUAUGGCAAACAGUUGAGUACCCCGGACCAGGUAGAGCGUCUGCAUGUUCAUGUUGACCAGCAUACAUCGAACCAAGAACUGCACGGAAUGGUUGGUCAGUUUUUCGGGAUAGAAGAAUCUCUGAUUGUAAAACGAUCGGAUAAUAGCGUAGAAAAUGGGGCUUUGAAAACGCUGAAGGAAACAACGAGGCGCAUAGGCAACCGGUUUGAAACAGGUUUAUUGUGGAAAUACCAAUAUCGUAGUUUUCCCAAUUCCUUUGGUACUGCAGUACGCAGAGAAAUAAGUUUGCAUAAAAAAUUGGAGAAGGAUCCCCAGUUAUACAAAAUUGUAAAAGAUCAAAUUAAAAACUAUCUGGACCAAGGAUAUGCACAUAAAAUAACCAACCAAGAACUGACUGAAACUCACCCCGAUCAGGUUUGGUAUUUACCGCUUGGUGUAGUGCGUAACCCCAAAAAACCGGAAAAGAUUCGUUUAGUAUGGGACGCAGCUGCGAAGUCUAAUGGCGUUUCGCUGAACGAUAUGUUGAAUAAGGGACCUGAUAUGCUAACUUCUCUCACCGUCAUUUUACUACGAUUUCGAGAAAAAAACAUUGCUAUCUGCGGCGACGUUAAAGAGAUGUUUCAUCAGGUAAAUAUCAGAACUGAAGACAGGCAGGCGCAACGUUUCCUUUUCCGUGAACAGCCAGAUCAGCAACCUCAAAUUUAUGUCAUGGAUGUAGCUACAUUUGGUGCGUCUUGCUCACCAUGUGUAGUUCAAUAUACUAAAAAUUUGAACGCCCAGGAACAUGCUACACAAUUCCCUCAAGCCUCUGCUGCAAUAAUUGAGCGAACUUAUGUCGAUGACUACCUAGACUGCGUGGAUACUCCAGAGGAAGCAGUUGCUCGGAUUAAUGAAGUAAGAUAUGUGCAUUCGUUGGGAGGGUUUGAGAUUCGCAAUUUCGUCUCAAACUCGACUGAAGUUCUGGAUAAAAUCGGUGCCGCAUCUGUACAAAAAGACAUUUCUCUGAAAUUUGAACCAGGUCUAGAAGAAUCCAAACAAGUUGAGCGUAUUCUAGGAAUGAUGUGGAAACCUCAUUCCGACACCUUCACUUUCAGUACUAUCAAGCAACCAGCGUUUGAACGAGUUUUAAAUGGCAGUAAAGUGCCAACAAAGCGCCAAAUUUUAAGCCUAGUUAUGAGUUUAUUUGACCCUCUAGGGCUUGUCGCACACUAUAUAGUGCAUGGUAAAAUACUGAUGCAGGAAUUGUGGAAAUUUGGAGCUGAAUGGGAUGAUGUCCUUCCUGAUGAGUUGACGGAAUCCUGGAACAGAUGGAAAGAUUUACUGCCAAGGCUGAAGGAAGUUAGCGUACCACGUUGUUUUUUCCCUGGAUAA